AUGCGUCCGCCCCGGCUGGCACUGUCCACUCCCGCGGGUGCUGGUGUGGCGCUUCGGCGUCUAGCCCGCCCGCGCGUUCCGGGGCGCAGCCGCAGCUUCCAUGCGCACCCGCCCAGCCCCGUCGACGGCGCGCACGACCCGCACAACGCGCUCGCACACCUCGCUCCGCCGCCGUCGCAGUCACAGACGCACGCCGGGCCCAGUACUGGACCGCUGGCGGGCUGGAGUGCCAGCGUCAAGGCCAACCUGUGCACGCGCGACAUGCCGACGACGUGUGGCAGUGCGAUGCUGCGUGACUAUACGUCGCCCUUUGACGCCACGGUCGUGCAGCGCCUGCGCGCGGCGGGCGCCGUUGUGGUGGGCAAGACGAACUGCGACGAGUUUGGCAUGGGCUCGGCCAACGUGCACUCCCUGCACGGCCCCGUGCUGAACCCCGCCGCGCCGGCCGCGACGGCCCUGGGCCACAACGAAGAGGGAGGCAGACAGCGACAUCGCACGUACCAUGAGCCGCGCGUCGCCGGCGGCAGCUCGGGAGGUGCGGCGGCGAGCGUCAGGGCGGGCCUUUGUCGGGUCGCACUGGCCUCAGACACCGGCGGCUCGAUCCGUCUGCCCGCGUCGUACUGCGGCGUGUGGGGGCUCAAGCCAUCCUACGGGCUGCUCAGCCGCUGGGGCCUCGUCGCGUACGCAGACAGUCUCGACACCGUCGGCAUCUUGGCGCGCUCCUGCGAGGACAUCCGCACGACUUUCGAUGUGCUCAGCGAGUACGACCCCAAGGAUCCCUCUGCUAUUCCGGAGGAGACACGUAGGAAAGCGAAGGAGGUGGCAGACAGUGCUUUGCCUCGCAAAGGCUCGCUGAAGGGCGUGAGGAUAGGCGUGCCCCGAGAGUACUUCCCCGCUGAGCUCGAGCCUCAAGUCGUGCCUUGCGUGCAACGAGCGCUCGCGCGCCUGCGCGACGCCGGCGCCACGCUGCACAGCGUCAGCCUGCCCUCGACGCCGCAGGCACUCAGCACCUACUACGUCCUCGCCAGCGCCGAGGCGAGCAGCAAUCUGGCGCGCUACGAUGGCGUGCGCUAUGGCCAUCGAAGCGACGACACCGCUGGCAUUGACGACGGCAGCACUCAUGCGUAUGCCGCGACGCGCAGCUCAGGCUUCGGCGCCGAGGCUCAGCGUCGCAUCCUCCUCGGCACGUACGCCCUCACCGCCGAUGCCUUCGACAACUACUUUCUCCAGGCGCAGCGCACGCGGCUGCGCAUCCAGCACGACUUUGACAGCGUGUUGCGCCUGCCUUCUGUGCUGCGCGCUUCGCCCGGCCCGGCAGCGCGAGACGCGGGCGUGGAUGUGCUGCUUUCGCCCUCGAGUGUGCGCACCGCGCCGACGCUCGAGUCCAUGCUGCCGGCGUCCGACGGCGCAGCGCCGCCGCAGGGCGCAGCGGCACGCGCGUCGCCGUACGUGCAGGACGUGCUGACGGUGCCCGCCAGCCUGGCGGGCCUGCCGGCGCUGAGCGUGCCGGCGGGCGUCGCGCAGGAUGGCUGGCCCGUCGGCGUCUCGCUGACGACGCAGUGGGGAUGCGAAGAAUUGCUGUGGCGCGUUGGCGAGGCGUUGGAGCCGGAACGAUGA